AUGAAACAAUUAGUGUGGUUAGUUCUCCUCAUUAUAAUUAACGGCUCCCUUAGCUCCGCUCAUCACGAAUAUCGUGAAGUAGCAGAGGAGUGCGUCGAAUACUUGAAGAUAUGCCCCAGCCGGCUGGAGCAAUACCUUAGCUUUGUGUUCCCAGAGGAUCGGGACACAAUGUGCUUCAUUAGGUGCGUUGCCAGUAAGUUCCAGGUGUGGAGCGACAAGGACGGACUGAAUUGGUCACUUCUGGAGGCCCGGUUAGGUCCGUCGGUACAAGAACACACGGAUGACUGCGUCUGUCGGAAGCUGGAGCGCGUCGACCCGUACGAUCACUGUCCACGAGCUUACUACGCCUGUCGAUGCCUGCGGGACUAUCUGCCGAAAAUAUUCCACUUCCAUGGGCACAGAUUUCCGAAACACGAACAUGCGAUGCACGAACACAGAUGCCACAAAUGUUCGGGUGAGUGCAAGCACGGAUGCAGCAGAUUCCAUUCGCAUGAACCGAAAGGUCCAGGGUGUCACAGCUGCAGCAACAGUUUCAAGCCCUUGACGAUAACCGAAAUGAUGCACAAGCUGGUGGGGUGUGCCAAGAAAUGUAAACUCCACUCGCUGAACCUGUGCGAUCGGAGCACCGAUCCGGUGGUGGACACUCCCGAGUUCGAGUGCACCGUUUACUGCGCCGGGAUCUGCACCGGCGUAUACAGCGAGCAGAAAGGCAUCCUGAUGGAUAACUUGUACGCGCAGCUGGGCCAAUGCGAGACGCGGGAAUCGUUCGAUUAUCGGUUGGAACUGUGCUACAGCCGAAAUGCCCAGCCGGAGGGUACCAGUCCGCAGUCGGUGGUGUAUAAGCAAUAUCUCAAGUGUUUGCGGGGCGAUUACGAGCGAUUCUUCAGCAGUCACCGGGAGGAGAUGCUGCUGUUCCCGGGAGUUGCGAAGUAUUGUCAUUGA